GCAGAUACAGACUAACACGGCUGCUACUCUGAAACCUCUGGCUCUAGGGAAUUAAAAGAUCAAUUUUUAAAUGUGAUGGAACUAUAAAUAUAUAAAGACACAGGCCACACAGUCUCUGAAUGGCGUCGGAGAUCACCUACGCCGAGGUGAAGUUUAAGAAUGCACCACCACCUGCAGAGGCCACAGCACACCUAGAGAAGAGAAUAUCCCAGAGUGCACCCCAGAAGCACACCCAGUGGCUCCCAUGGCUGAUUGCUGCACUCUUGCUGCUGUUGGCUAUCUCUCUCCUCAUCGCCCUCAUUGUUACCCAGGUUGGCCUAAGGACAAAUCAAAGCUGUGAAGAGUACGAGAUGGUGAGGCAGUAUCUCAGGAAGAGAAACUGUGUUGAAGAAGAACCUGAUAAGAAAGGGCGAGUCUGGACGUGCUGUCCCAUGGGCUGGAAGCCCUUUCAGGCCAGCUGCUACUACUUCUCGAAAGACUUGAUGACCUGGGAUGACAGUGAGAGGAACUGCACAGGGAUGGGCUCCCACCUGGUGGUGAUCAACACAAGAGCUGAGCAGGAUUUCAUCUUCACUCGGGUAAAUGGAACAGUUACAGGCCACCAACGAAGGAAUUACUGUAUUGGUCUGACUGAUCAGGAGAAGAAAAGACAGUGGCGCUGGGUGGAUGGGACUCCAUAUAACAAUACUGCAGCGUUCUGGAGGCCUGGGGAACCCAGUCAUCACACCAAAGAGAACUGUGUUGUCAUGUAUGUGUCGGCAGAACAAAAUGCAUAUGAUAACAGGAAUUGGAAUAACGUCCCUUGUUCCAAUACAUUUCAUCGAAUCUGUGAGACUGCAGCACUUAGAUUUUGAGGAAGAACCCCCAUCCUGGAUGUGAGACUGGAGAGUCCCCCUAUCUCUCGCUUGGGUCAGCUCCCAGAGAGAUCUGGUGCGAGGGUUUUGAUCAGCCCUGGGCUAUCAUGACAUUGGGCUUAGGCAGUGGAGGAUGA